AUGAUUUGUAUAACAGCAUUUUAACCUAUCACUAUGAUCGUAGUGCUCUACCAGCGAAUACUAGAAUCUUGGAACCAAGGCAUGCUUCAAAUUAUGUAUCAUCUGAACCAACGACCAGAUGUGAAUCAUUUUUUAGUUCAUAUGAGGAUCUUGUCAAUAUUAAUGAAAAGUUGUUUCGAACUAAUGACCAAUUUGAUGUAAUCAUUCGCAUUGGCAAUGAUAUUGAUUUCGAUGAUUUUUAUGCUCAUUCAUUAAUUUUAUGUGCACGUUCCUCUUAUUUCAACACUGCCUUUUCUAAUAUUAAUCAAAAUGAAAAUCCUUUUAUUUUUCCAAUUCAAGAUACCUCUAAAGUUGUUUUUGAUGUCAUUUUCAGGUAUUUGUUUA